AUGGCUGACGAGAAUGUCAAAGAGUGGACGCCAGUAUGCGUGGCAUCAACCAGACGACACAGUGGGAGAGACUUGUCCCCAAUCAAUCCAUCGCGACUAUCGUCGACUUCAUCAUCAACAGUUCAAAGCCAAUCUGCGGCAAUCUCCAGUGAUGAACCCACUGAUCAAGAUACCGACCUCGGCUAUUUCAAGAGUGCAGAAUGGCAAGACCCCAGACGGAACGACUCUACUGACAGAUUCAGAGGACCAUUCUAUCAGAACAUGGAUCUUGUAAGUUGGCGCGUCGUUCCUGCUAUUGAUUCUUUCACUCACACAGUCAGGCCACCGGAUCUACUGGAGGACAAGCCCAUCCACCAGAUAUCUCCAUACUCAACUCUACCCUCAGCGGAGCCGACUUAUGCUACUGCAAUAUAUCCCUUCUACAACCUUCAAGAUCCAUCCACCACCCUAUUUCUCUCAUCUGUCCGUGAUCAUCCAAUUAGGCUCUCAUCAGCCCUUGCUCCUGCAUCAGUGGCGAGCUAUUCCCUGGUAAAUCCAAUGACAGAAGCAUUCAUAACACCACACUCGAUAAUCUAUCCAUCCACGCUGGGUGGGACUCACUUCCUCACAGGCUCAGAUAGCCUUAUUUGUCUCUUCGAUGUGUCCCGAACAGGAGCACAAGGCCCAGUAUCUUCAAUGCCAACCAUCCCCAGCAAACGCAAGCAGAUUGUCGGCGGUGGUGUCGGCAUGAAGGGCAUUGUUUCAGCCCUGGCUUUGAACCCCAGCGGGGAUGGUAUCCUUGCUGCAGGCACUUUCACCAGACAUGUUGGACUGUACAGCUCAAAUGGCUCGGGUGAGCUCCUCGGGACUUUCAGCGUGGCAAAAACUAGCGCAAACCGUGAUAUCGGGGGUCGCGGAGUUACACAGCUUGUCUGGAGCCCUUGUGGUAGGUAUCUGUAUGUCGUCGAGCGCAAGAGUGAUGGCAUCUUGGUUUAUGAUGUUCGGGUUACGGGGCAACUGCUUGGGCACUUGCGCGGGCGCAAGGCUCAUACGAAUCAACGCAUGAAAAUUGACGUUGUUUCAUCUGGUCCUGAUGGCUCUCAUGAGAUUUGGGCUGGAGGUACCGAUGGGUUUAUGAGGGUUUGGAGGAGUCCAGAGCACUGUGCAGGUGGGAAGAACCCCGACUGGGAGUUCAAGGUGCAUGAUGAUGCUGUGACGAAUACAAUGUUUCACCCUAUGGGAACUGUUGUCGCAACUUGCUCUGGGCAGCGACGUUUUGUUUCAGAUGAUUCAUCUGACGAAGAUAUCCCGGCCAAGGAUACUAAGCAGGCGGAUAACAGCCUCAAGGUCUGGUCAAUGCCAUUUCUGUUGUCAGAAACAGAGACAAACCAUGACUUAGAGCCCGCAGCUUGA